AUGGUUCUUUGGGAUACUCCGGAGCAAAAAAUUUAGUCAGUAAAUGUCCCAUCAAAUAGCUUCCACAGUGACCAAAAAUUGGAAUAUUAGGAUACACUUAAUUAGCAACAUAAAUAAUCAUUAGUAUAAAAAGUAAUUUUAUUAAUGGAAGUACACCAGACUCAUGAGAAGAAGAGAAAAAAGCAUAGAGGUUAGAAUUUUUAGUCUAUUAAAAUAUAUUAUGUUCCUACAUUAGAGAAAUCAGUAUAAUUCCUAUGCAGAAUGAACCUCCAACUCCAGGUCUUGAAGUCAGCAACGCAUUAAAAAUGA